CUGCCCGGAGCGAGGGCACCUGGAGCCCAGCGGCCGCGCCUCCUCCGGCCCUGUCCUCGCCUUAGGACGCCUCGGCCACGAGCACCGAGGCCCCAUGAGGGGUCCUCCCGUGGGUUUGUCCGGUUCUUUGCCACCUUAUAAUUGAAUGUUUUUGUUCCAAUUUAAAAUUAAAUUUUUUAAAAAGAAUGCAACUUCCUAACAUCUUGGGAAUUUCGCUGCCCCAGGGCCAGUUUAGUGUUGUGUCUUCAGCACUUAGGAGCCUACUGAUGAUAAGUCGUUUUCGGAGAGUUACUGAUGGAAUAAGUGGAAGUGGAGAGAACCAGCUGUUCCCUCCAGGUCCGAGAAACAGCACCUGAGCUUCGACCCCCGCCGGCACUGCCGGGCCGAGGAGAAGGGGCCUUGAGACUCCCUUCUGAGCCCUACUGACCCCCAAAGAAGUGAUCUCCCCCACAAACUCACCCAGUUUGGCGGCAAAGUGUAGCUUCUCCAAGGUAACGCGCCUGUCGCCCGCUGUCCCUCAGGCUUUGACGGGAAAGCCCGUCACUCUGUCGGGUCGGCGCUGGGGUCAGCAGACGAGGACCCCGGAGAAGACCAGGGCACCGGAGCUCCACCUGCAGCCAAGGCACUGGGCUGGGACAGUUUAGAUGUGCAUGGGACCAAAUGACCAGUGAGAUGUGGAGGUCAUGUCCGCUCGGAGCGAGGGAAGCGUUUUCCACCCUUGUUACACAUUAACGUCAGCCAUCUCAAAACACACCGAACGCCGGAGUAAGGGAAAGGGCUUAUUGGGGAACACCCCACAGUCCGGAGUGAAGGGGCGGCGAAGGGAAAAGAGAAAGAGUAUAAGAGAGAAACAGAGAGGAGAGGAGCUAGCGAGGAGAGAAGAGGGAGGAGAGAGCAGAGAGAGCCGAGAGACCAGAGGAGGCGACUAGAGAGGAACCGAGAGAGCGCAGGAGAGAAGCCACGAGAGCAGAGCCAGAGAGCGCGUGCAGGAACAGGCCCCGUAACACUUUGCCUGAGGGGCAGGGAAGCAGGAGCAGUAGGAUGGGGGUGGAGCCUGGCACAGGUAGCUGGCCCUGCGGCCACCUGGCUACAACUGUGCCAGUUUCCUAACAACCCUAAUAGACGUCCGGUGCUGGAACAGGCCACCCGGUGAGGUCGCAGCCCGUCACCCGAAGCUUCUACACAGCUGACUACCUGUUGCAUGCUCGAGGGGUGCCCUGGGAGUGGGGGAGUGGGCACUGGGAGCUGAGCACCCCAGCACAGCCGACAUGGGCAACAGCGGCGCUGACAGCCUGGCAAUCUGGGGCCGGCCCCUCCUGAGCAGCCCCCUUCUGACCCCUCCCCGCCCCAGCCCCCUGGCGGCUUCCCCCAGCUCUUUGCCAGUGCCGUCUACCACUGCUGGCUGACGACCGCUGAGCGCCAGUCCGCCUGACCCUGAGCGGCUGUAGUGGGUGGCCCUCCUCCGAGGCUUGCUUGCCUCACCUGUCCGAGGCUGGACUCAGAUCAGGUGAUCAGAUACACCGCAUCUUCCAGGAGGGGACUCUGUUACGCCAGGCACUCGGGGGCCGCCAGCUCAGAGCCCCACUCUGGCUGACCCUUGGGAGCGAGGUCAUCCACUUGACGCUGGGAGUGGAGCUCUGAACAGACCGUCACCCCGGGGGCACCCAGGAGACCCCCGUGCCCCCUCCUUCCCCAGGCCCUUUCUCUGCAGGACAGUGGUGUCAAGGCUGGGAGCGGGAGGUCCUGGACAGGCAAGUGCCCCCCACCAAGGCCACAACGGCCUUGAUGGAGCUGUCUCCCCGCCUCCCCACCUGCGCACCUGCCCCACUCCGCCAGCCCUGGGCGGGAGUUUCGGACAAGACUGCGAGCACCGCACCUUGGAGACCCCAAGACCCCGAGACCCCAGACAAUCUCCCAGGUGGGACUGCCCGAGGCCUCAGGCUGGGAGGCGGGCUGAAAGCUGAUCUCCAGGGGGGCGUGGCUCCCAAAGGCCGGCAAAUAAAAAGCCUGACAGCGGGGCCCAGUCCGGGCCAGCGGAGACCAAGGCGGGGAGACACUGAGCCACUCCGUUCCUGAGCCUCAGAGAUGGUGCCCGCCAGGUACCCCCAGGCCCUGCUCCUCUGCCUGCUGGUCGUCCUCGCUGAAGGCUGGGGUCGCGAGGCCGCCACUCCCGGCUGUCACUUACACCCCUUCAAUGUGACAGUGCGAAGUGACCGGCAAGGCACCUGCCGGGGCUCCCACGUGGCUCAGGCCUGUGUGGGCCACUGCGAGUCCAGCGCCUUCCCCUCCCGGUACUCUGUGCUGGUGGCCAGCGGCUACCGACACAACAUCACCUCUGUCUCCCAGUGCUGCACCAUCAGCAGCCUGGAAAAGGUGAGGGGGGCCCGCGCGGGGGUGGGGGAGUGGGAUGGGGCGUCGGGUGGAGGGAGACGGGAGGCGGGGACCCAGGACGGCCCCGCGCAGGCGCCUGGAGCAGACUGCCCCGGCACAGGUGAGGGUGCAGCUGCAGUGCCGGGGCCGCCGGAGGGAGCAGCUCGAGAUCUUCACGGCCAGGGCCUGCCAGUGCGACAUGUGCCGCCUCGCCCGCCACUAGCCCGGCCACCCCCGCCCUCCCCGGGCCCGGGGCUCCGCACCUGGGGCUCCGGCUCUGCCCUCCUAAGAGCCUGCGGUGCCCCCAGCCAGGCUCGGGCCGCGCUGCCCUCUCCGCCCACCCCUGAAUAAAGCAGCCGGUCUUGA